AUGAAGAACGGAAUCAGGUGUUUCUUAUCUUGUUUCCUGCCAUGCGGCACCCUCGACGUCGUCCGCGUCGUCCACCCCAGCGGCCGCGUCGACGAGAUCGCCGCCCCGGUCACCGCCGCCGACGUCAUGCUCACGCACCCGAACCACGCCGUCCUCCACCACCCGCCCGCCGCGCUGCUCCCGCCCCACGCCCGCCUGCACCGAGGCCGGAUCUACUUCCUCGUCCCCGUCGGCUCCCACAAGGCCGCGCAGCUGCCUCGCGCCCACGCGCCGGCGAAGAGCAAGAGCGCGAACGGCUGGGGCGGGGAGAAGGACGGCGGAGAGAAGAGCGCGCCGGAGCAGUUGAGCAGGGAUCACCGGAGCCGGCGAGGCGGGAGGGUCGGGGCGUGGCGGCCGCAUUUGGAGAGCAUCGUCGAGAUCUCAACGAUCGAAUUUAAUUAG